AUGGACAAUUCCAGGAAUGCUAGUCUUAAACCAGUGCAAGCGUCCAACCUCCCCGCCUUGAUUGUUGUCCAAAGCGUUUUUCUUACACUGAUAAUGAUAGUUAGCGCCGUAGCUAACAGCUUUAUAUGUCGCUGUAUUCUGGUUCAUCGAUCUCUACGAACGAUUACGAACUCUUUUAUCUUUAAUCUCGCGGCUACAGAUUUCUUGUUAUCCGUGCUGUGUAUGCCUUUUGCUUUAGUGUCUGCCAUCACCGGUCGAUGGGUAUUUGGCGAGGUCAUGUGUAAGCUUACAGGGUUUCUGAUCUCAGUUCUGUGUAUUGCGUCUAUUCUAACUCUGGUUUUAGUAGCUAUCGAUCGAUAUCUGGCGAUAUGUCGUCCACUGAAAUACUGCAUCCUAGUCACGCACAGGAAAAGUGUAAUGAUGUUGGUAUAUGUUUGGCUUCAUGCUGCCGUAUGCUCCAUUCUGCCUGUCAUUGGCUGGGGACAGGGAUACAAAUUUGUGGUUGAAGAAUCAAUCUGCCGGCCGGAGUUUGGAAAACCAACAGCUGAUAACGGCUACACAAUAUUUUUAUUCAUAACUUGUUUUGUUGGGCCAUUUUCAAUAAUCGCAUUCACAUAUGUCUCUAUUCUGUUCACAGCCAGGAGACAAUUUCGCCGGGUUCAUCAAGCCAAAGUGACCCCGCCUAACCCGAUUAACAGCACGCAACCAAGCAGUUCCCAACUCAACGUUAUCACGGACUACCAUGGCGAAACCACCAUUGCUCAUACGCCAGAAAACACUGUUGUAGGAGAAGAAAUAACUUCUGCGACUAACACCUCACGUUUCAAGAAGUUAUAUACCUCAAGGAUUAUAAAGAACAGACGACGGCAAAAGGCGAGGGGUUUUAAAAUGCUUUGGUUAAUUGUGGCGGUUUUUCUAAUCUGUUGGAGCCCUUACUUUAUUUUCAUAUUCUAUAGCUCUAUUCAUCACCGUCGUUUCUCCAGAACAGUCAAGGUACCAGUCAUGCUCCUAACGUUUCUCAAUAGUGCCUUAAACCCAUUUUUAUACGGGUUUUUGAACGGGAAAUUUCGGUCAAGUUUGUGGGAGUCAAUUGGAGAGAAGUUUGCUUUGUGCAAGUGGAAACAAAACGAGACAAAAUCGAGGGUGCAUCACAUUAAUUGAGGAUUUCUGUCGCUAUCGCCAGCAACUCCUUAAUGUAUAUCAGUUAAAACAUGGAAUCGAUGCCAUAAAUCAAUUAUUAUAAAUGAUGGAUGAAACAAGUCGAGGAAGCAAGGAAAUAUACGCGGUAUCAGUGUUCACGGAAACAUUGGCAAAAUGGAUACCGUAAUUGGAAUAGCUGGCCAAUUCUAUAAAACGCUGCCUGGCGCAUUUAAAAAAAACACACACACUUACAAACACGACCCUUUAAUUUUGCUUUAAACGCCAGAAGAAUCAGUCUUAGCAUGCAAAUUGACUCUUUUGUUGAAAUUGGUUCUUAUCUAUGUAAAAAUUAAAGACUAUUUUGACGGUAAAGAAAGCAGCUGAACUUGAAGGAAGUACUCCUAAAAUAAAAGAUGAUUCCGUUUUUACAAUUCACAGGGUCGAAAACAACCUGUAUGUUUACAUUAACACUAUGUGUUAACUGUAUCUAAAGUGAUACAUUUGACAUUGUAAUUCCAAAAAAACUUGCUGCUUGUUUUCAGUGCAAUAAACGGUCAUUCUAUAUAUUUUUUUAAAUAAAUGCACAGAUUUAAAUAUGGUUCCACAUUUCGUUUCAAGUUGUUGGCUGUUGGCGUUGUAAAUUUUACCCUCGUACUCGUCAGGUUAAAUUGUACGAGUUCAUGUUUGUGCUCAAGAUUACUACAAAGUAUGUUCUCCGCAGAGUUUCAUGUGUGAUAAGACCUAGAGUGAUUUCCCACCAACGUUGUGGCAGCGAUGACACCGAGCAUAUGCUGGUCGUGAGAGAAAACUAUGUGUUUGUUUCGUUCGGAUAAGCCGUUAUGUUUAUAAGAUAGUUUUUGAUAGAUAUGGGAAAUGAUUUCUAAAAAUUAGUCUAUAGUCUUCGAAGUCUUGGUAUACGUCCUGCCAAUAAUUCACUCUGCUUUUGAUGGCCAAACUAAAAAGUCAAACGAAGGUUCUGCAAACGCUGUUUGUUUAUUCAACUUUGUCACAUUAAAAGUAGGAAGAACAGAUGGCAGAAGGAGUAGAUUAAUUAGGAACUUGUAAAACUGAAUUUUCAUUCUUUGCCGAAUCAUCCUUUACCGAGUGAAUGAGUCUCAGAUAUUUGAGACUGAAACAUUGUUUAAUACAUGUAAUUUUUAUUUCUCGAACUUUAUGUAUUGCUUCAAACUCCCAUCAAAUAAUCGAGUACAUUCAUGCAGAUCAACUUAAUACACUACCAAUAACAUUUCUUUUCUCAAAGGAGCCAGCGUAUAGCCAAGUAUAGCCAUGAUAGCAAACUGAGCGGCAAAAAUGAUACGGCAAGCAUUUUAUUUAAACAAAAACACUUUGGGAUGACACGAUUCACUCAAACGAAAGAGUUCUCUAGCCUAUUAAUUGUAAAGUAAAAGCAUCUUUGUAAAAAUUGUCUAAAACAUCAUUACAUAAAUUUUCCUGUUAGAAGAGGUUUUACCGAUCCUGUCGCACUUUCACUGGAAGCAUUCACCUUUUGUGUUUAAGCGGAGAGGCUGAUGUCAAAAAUUAAGUAUUAGUCCCGGUUCAUGAAACAAAAUCUCUGUUCCCACUAAGAAUGUGAUAAAUGCAAAAUGAAACACUUAGGAGUAUUUAUUUUUUUCGUUUACACCCACCCACAUAACACCCACUAGCUCAUGCAGGACUGAUUGAUUUACAUAAGAGGAAUUCAUUGUUGUUCUCUGACUUCUCGGCAACAAAACAAGAGAAUAGCCAACCAUGCACCAGUGUCAGCCCGGCUUUACUGAUUCAUAAAGAUACCCUAAAUUUGAUACCCAAAUUUAUAUCCUGUGUAUAGUUUCUGGCGUUAUUUUAAUUUUUUUGUUAUUAUUUGCAUUUUGUCCCUCUUUACCUAUAACUUAAGAAAGGUUUUUAUUACGAUAUUGAGCUAAUUGUAUCGGACAUAGUCUACUGGUAAGUUUACUCUUAGACGUGUUCAUUAAACAUAUUUUAGGGUUACAAAAGGAGCAACUUCUGCCAACAAUACAAGCUUGCUCACAAGGCAAUUUUUGCUCCAGAAUGGAAUUUAGAAUACCACGUUUUCGCCUUUCGGCCUUUAAAAAGUUCUUCAUGUCAGCUAAUAAAAACUUGCGCCCCCAAAUGGCCACGAGGUAAUUAUAUUUUUUGUGUUGCGGAAGAUGAAAGACAAACUCAGUACUAAAAAACCACAACAAGUGUAUCUUUCUACACAAUAAAAGCUAAAUCUUAUAUCAAGCCCAAAGGCCAUCUAAAGAAUAGGGAAGCCCCACCGAAACGACUUUUUCUUCCUUUUAUUCGCGCCAACGACUAAUGAACAAGCAAAACAAUACAUGCCAGGUAUGGGUACGGAAAUUAUAAAUCAAAUAGCUUCUGCUUUAACGGCGACCAUGCCCUUUAUCUGUCUUGUUGUUUCUCCUCACGGGAAAUCACACAGCCACGUAGUAACUAUCAAAACAACUCAUUUCCUCAAUUUUUGUUUUUACGAGUUGAAGUCAACUUUACUUUAGCAAAAUCCCUUCCCGUAAUUUUUUUAUUUCUUAAUUAGUUUCUAAAUACGAACCAGUCCAGAAAACGUGACUAGGCAGUCAGCUGGCGAUAGUAAAACGCUUUAUUUCCUUUUCAUUCCAAACUGAUUUGUCAUUUCUGUAUAGGUUCGAGUCAACGGAAACUUGGUUCUUGCUGAGGAAGCUUGAUCUGACAAACGCCUACCGAAGAAAACUUUAGAAUGCAGAAAAAUUGGCACGAUAUAAGCAAGUAUUCUAGAACACAAGCACUGAAUUUUAGGAUUUUAAAUCUUAUCUUUUUUUUCCUGCUCUUAGAACGCAAGCAGAAAAGCCUCUCUCAGCAUGGUCAGCGCCAUUUUUUUCUUCAUAUUUAAUUUUUUCAUAGCCUGCAGAGGCACAAACAGUAAAAACAGAAAAAAAAUGCCCACGUGGGUUUUACUCAAGUCUGCUUGCACUUUAGUUCGUCAGGGUACCCUGUUGGGGCAUGUCAGUGUACCAAGGGUGAAGGUAGCCUUAAAGCGUGCAUAAGCUCUGGAAAUCACUAGUUUUGGCAUUCACAUUGCAAUAUUUAGAAAUCUGCUUGAAAUAAAAUAUUCCGAUUAUGAAAUGAUGUGGAGUUAAAAUGGUCCAAAAAUCACGGUACAAGAGUUUGUAACAAAACUUUUCCGUAUUCUUUUUCCGGAGUACGAUCAAUCGAACAAACCCUAAAUCAUACAGUUCACCAGGGCUCGGUAUUUUUUUUCAUUUUCUGAGGGAAAGGCUGUGGUGGCAAGGUUGACAGUUCACAAGGUUUACCAUUCUCGUCCCCAGAGCCUCCUGGGGGCCUGAGCACGAGGACCAGGAGGCUCUGGGGACACAGGAUUUGAAGUCCUAGAUUUUAGGACUUCCGGUCAUUUCUGAUUUUCUACAACGUUUCUAAUAGCGUUCACUUGCUCUUGCAGAAGUGUCAAUGACUGUUAAUUAGGUUCAUUGCGGGUACUUCAAGCUACUACAGUUGAUGAAGAACAACUAAUCAGAUGUGCAUCCAUUGAAUUAUUACUUAAUUCAAAAUUUGCCUUUAAAGUAUUCGGUUUUACAAUUUCAAAGUCAUCUCUGAUACGAAAAAAAUGUAUUUUAUUACGCUCUGUUCCCACACUGACAAAAAAAAGAUCUGGAGCCAUAUGAGCUCAAUGCAAGCCAAAGAAGCUUAAUCAAAAGCUAUUCCAGCCCACUCUGGGGCCCAUUUCAGCCCUUGGGUCCAAAUUAGCCCUAGCUAAUUGGACUGUCUUGGCCCUGAUUAAAGGGAGCCAAAUUAGACUCAAAAAUAGGACUGUAUUUUACUCACCGAAACGGCCCCAUUUUUAGGGCUAAAACAGAUCUUUCUGAUUUACAGUGUGUAAAUAACAUACGGAAGGCGCAAACGCAUACUGUCAGCCAAUUAUAUAGCCUUUGUGGCAGGCGUUCGAAAGCGAAGGGGAAGGGACUUGAUAAAAUCCGAGUUAUUUGGAAGUAACACAUUAACACUUGUAAUAUUGAAAGUCUGAAUACAUCGUUUGUAAGUAUCGACUCGGUUUUUUAAAUUGUUAACAAGACAAAAGUUGCCAGCGGCCGGACCAUUUUGUUUAUUGUAUAGAGUAAAAUUUUGUGUUAUUACGAAACCGAUAGUGUUGUUGUUGGCUCUCCUGAUUGGUCAGCGUAAAUGAAGACUUAUUUUUCUGACUUAAUACCUAUUCAUAUAUAUCAUAAAUAAUAAAACAUAAAUCAAGAAAAUGCAAAUAGAGUGAAUUUUCCGACUCUGUUUCCUUCUCACAAGUGACAGUCUGAUGUUCCAAGUUUCAAGCAAAUCAUAUCAAAACGCUAACGAUGAACGAGGAGAAAAUUCCUCUAGUACAGGUAUUCUUAUUCUUUCUUUAGCGCGCAUGCCGGGUUAUAAGAAUUUCCAUACUUAGAAGCGACGAAACCCUAUUUCAAUUUCUUUUCUUCUUUGUGCAGGCUCACAAUUUUGGUGAAUUUUCUGGGAUUUAAUAAGCCUUGCUUUGAUUUUAUUUCUUUUCAACUAAGAUUUUUUGUAUAUAAAUAGCCGAGAACGUAAAACACGUACAGACAAGAUAAUUUUCAGUUCUACAGAAAUUAAAUAUUUUCACCGCACAAUGAUGGCUUUGAGAGCAGACGCUUGAAUUUUAAAUUUAAUUACAGACAAAAUUAGCUCGAACGUUUUCGGGUUAUUUCACAAUUUAUUACGUUUCCUUGCAUGAAAAACGUAGAGUUUUUUUUUUAAAGGGGAACCAUCGAUGUAGUUCUAAGAAAGUUUUAAACUCAGCAGAGGUGUGUGAUUUUACUUCCAAAUCACCUGUCGCUCGCAGCAAUGUAUCCUUAAUUGACAUAUGUUCAGCAUUACUUUAGAAAACGGACAAAAAAAUUACUACAUUGUUUGGAGUCGAAGCAACCGUUGAAACCUUCAGCUCAAAGAGAUCAAGGUUUUCUUUUUCAUUUUAUACUCGGCUCGGAAUUCUUAAUAGAAUUAAAACACUUUUUUAAGACCAAUAGACAAGGCCAGGAGCCAUAUUUAUGUCUCCUGGCAAGACUGAAAUAACUGGUGUGGUAUUAAAGAGACUGGUACGAGUCAAAUAAGUAUGUGUAAUCAAAUGGUGACGAGUGAAAUUAGGGAAUAAUUUCACUUGCGUUUUGUCCAAAUCCUUAUAAUUACCCAAGCCUUUAGGCGAGGCAAAUUAUUAGGAUUUGGACAAAACGCAAGUGAAAUUAUUCCCUAAUUUCACGAGUAUACCAUUUGAUUACCUAUUAAUAUCAUGGGUGACGAAUUACGUUAGAAAUCUUGGAUUUUUGACAUGUUUAUCCUGGAUCGUAUCGAUCGAGAACUCCUGCACUCUCUCUAACGUUUAGAGCUUAAAUUUGGCUUAAGUUCAGAGUUUUUCGACAAAAUACCUGUUAGAAUCCUUCUUGAUGUGCUCUUUCGUGUGUUGAGGUUUUCUAAACCUUCUUUUUUGCCCUGACAUCUUCAUUCAUCACAAUUUAAAACUUCGUCGCCAUCUUGACAUUGAGACGUACGGAAGGUUGCCAAGGCAAUUUUGUAAUUUCACAUGUGAAAUUACAAAUUAACGCUGAAAUUUCGCGCCAAAAUUAAGGAGUAAUUCGUCACCUACGAUAUUAGGUACCUUAUUCACCGCUGACCUUCAGUGAGUGUGUAUAAUCAUGACUGCCUUCGCAUAGACUGAACUAUUUUAAAAAGCGUAAUUCAUGCUCAAAAUUGUUCACCUUACGAGGACAUAAAAACCCAUUUAAUCGGUGAUCUAGGAAAUCCGGGUUUACUAUUGGUCUUAUAUUGGUUGGCUUGUUGUGGAGGGAAACACAGCUCAAUGUCGCACUUGCGCUGAAAAGAACAACAUAGCAAACAGCAAAGACAUCAUAAAGGUUUGCUUUCUUAAAUUUUUAAAAAGAAGGGAGAGUGAAGAAGAAAGCGAGUGUGAAAUAUGGCGAAAGGGAACAAAGAGAAUCAAUUAACAGAAGUAAUCUCGAAUCACUGAAUCGUUAUGUCUGACAUGCUCAAUACCUCUCGCAUUUUGCGUAACAAAAGGAAAAACGUAGGGCCAACAAAUUUUUCAUUAAGAAAGUACUAUAAGGUAUGAAUGUGUAUGCCAAAUUACCAACACACUGUGCUCAUUCAAUUCAACUCGCGAAAUUGACAAUCAGAAUUUGCAGAUCUUGGAGAUACACUUACAGGUAUGACACUCCUUUCUUAUUUCUAGUAACGCCACUUCAAAAUACCUCCCCAUUACAAGAAAAACACCUAAGAGAAGACCCUUUCGGUUAAGCAACCACAAGUUCAUGAUCGAGAUUGGCAGAUACAACCAAAUAAUUAGAUUCGAUAGUUUUUGCCCUGCUUGUAGAUGUAAUCAAAUCGAAGACGAAAUUCAUUUUCUGUUUUACUGCUCCGAAUACUCUAAAUGAGAGGAAAAUUUUAUAGUAAGCUACAAUCUCUGAUCGCAGUAUUAAGUAAUUAUCGGUUGACGAAUUGAUUAUGACAUUUUUUGAAAUCUGCUUCGUAUCUUAUUAACAAAGAAUUAAUUUAAUUCAUAGCAUCUUGUUUUAAACUUCAGAAAAAGUUGUUAUCAACGUAGUUUUUAAUCGUUAUCUUAGUUUGUUGUACGAUUUUGGAAUACUUUUAAGUUAACGGUCUUGCAAAUAAAGCUUAUUAUUGUUGCGGUUGUAGUCUGACAAGAAAGAAACUCAGUACUAUAACGUAUAAUCCGAUAUACAGUACUAUAGGUACAGUAGCAUAAACUGAUAUUCAUUACCGUCCGGUGUUUCGCUUAGACAGAAGAAAUGAAGGUUAGUUCUAUCUAACCAAAACAUUGAGCAAUUUAAGUUCCUUUUUCAGCUGUCUGAUCAGCGUUAUACACUAUGCCCAACUUUACUCUCACUUGCAUGUCGAGUCGACAGAGCGUGGACUCGCUUGGAUAAAAAAAUGUCCAAAGCACCAUGAGGCGAAAAAACCGGAUGCUCUUCCAGGCUACCAUGAGUCAUGUUUGAAGAAAUCUUGCCAGUGAAAACCUUAAAGCAGUUACUUACACAUGUUUCAGGUCAGGCCUCAGAUUUUCAAAAGAUAGAUACAUAGCACUAUGUAUAAGUUACUGACAUAACUACGUUAUGAACAACUGGAGGCCAGGAAUAUAACUGAUAUCUUUUGUAUUUAUACAGCUUCAAGCUUUGCAUGAUGAGCCUAAUCCGCCACCGAUCAAAGAUAGUCAAGGACAAGCCUCUCCCAUCGGGGAAACAGAUGAAAACGCUCGUCUCGUUGGCGAAAAUGAGGACAAAUCUUAUAGCUCCUCAAGUGGUGGUUUAAAUACUCCUUCUUCAGAACAAUCUAUUGAAGAGAAAAGAAAAUAUCUUAAUAAUACAACCACGUGAGUUCUUUUUUUAAAACAAAAGACACAAAAAGCGCAAGCUACACAUAUCAUCUGCGAGUGCGCGAACCGGCCGAACUGGUUUAUUCUCGUUACCAGAGCCUCGAGUUUCAAGCCUGAGCAUAAACUGUUAUCAUAUGAAAUAGAGAAGCGGGGUGCUCUGGCCCCAAUUGUUCAAACCCUGUAUAGCGCUAUCUGUUGGAUAAAUCACUAUCCAGCGGAUACGUGUUACGAACACCAAUUGUGUUAUCCACUGGACUGGAUAGAUAUUAAUCUAGUGAACAGCGUUAUCCACCUUUUCAACAACUGGGGCCAGGAGUUGAUAAAAGACCUGUCUGAGUACUCUGCGCAUGCCCUUGGCGUUUGUGAUGGCUUUGUGAGGCGUGUAGCGUGUCUUUAUUGUUGGCUUCUACACUCAGUUGGAUCACUAACAGUGGAUUCUUUUUAGUUCUAGCAACUGCCCUUUUAAAAUCCAGUAGCCUGGGAACGGACAGACAGUUUUAUAGAUCAAAACUUCCUUAUUAAUUGUUGUUUUUCUAUACAGCAAUAUGCAGGCCCUGGCUCAUCUAUUAAGAGGAAGCAUCGGGACGGGAAUGCUGGGAUUGCCCGAAGCCGUAAAGCACGCUGGGAUUGUCGUAAGUUUGCUUGUCCCGUUUUAGGGGCCAAUUGUUUAUGCAAGCCACUGAUGCAAGCAUUAGACGGUCUUUUUCAACGAAACCGAAGUAAACAAUGUCAUUGUAUAUUCAGACUUAUCAUUAAACUUCUACCAUGCUGUAAAAUUUUCAAGAUGUCUUAUAGCUCUGGUACCCACUAUUAUAACUAGAGCAAAACACAUGUCGUUUUAAAUGGAUCGCUUCUAAAUCCAAGUUAGAGGUAUACUCAGGGUAUGUCUACACUCUUGCGGGAGCACGAAAACCAUGUCUUUUUGUUUGCACAUAAGAACUGCAAUUUAGGCGCGGUGUCCUGUGACGGAGCGAAGCUACGCCGCGCCCGCGGUGGAUUGUCACAUAUCGGAUAUUUUGAUGUAACACUCUUUGGAUCAAUUUAAGUUUCUGGGAAAAUGCCCACCUACCCCUCCCCUAAUCCAACAUUUUGCCCUAAGGAAGAAGUAAGUGUUAAUGUUGACUUAGGGGAGGGGUAAGUGGGCAGUUUCCCGGAAACCUAAAUUGAUCCUAACACUCUUUGAGGAAGUGUAAAUAGGUACUUGAACCGUAGCGGAAACAAAUGAGUAGGAAAGAGGACUGGAACCAACUAAGACGGAAGCAAAUAUUCAGACAGACAAAUAUUCAUGAUUGAGGAUUGGGAUUUAGUGUACCAAUCCCUCUCGGCCAAUACCUUACUAUGAAUAUAUCUUUCAGGUUGGUCCCCUGGGGAUGUUGCUUGUUGCUGUGGUUACGGUUCACUGCAUGCAUCUUUUGGUUUAUUGUAGUAAUGUCUUCUGUCGAAGGUAAGCUAGAUGAUGAUGAUGAUGAUAUUUGUCCAAGUUACAGUCGCAAUCAUACCCUUUGUAUUCAGUAUUUUUCAGUCUCUUUGGUUCGUUCAAUACAUAGCCGUACCGUAGCGUCCUUCUUAAAUCUACAUUUUAUAAGAGAAGAACUAUAUAACUGGAGUGACGGAGCCCACAAACCACUUUAUGGCGAUAUAUAUCUAGCCGGAUUUUUGAAAACGUUAUUGCCAAAUAGACUUCUUCCGUCCAACAGUUUUUUUCGUACAAAAACUAUCUCCAAAGUAGCCACUAUAAAAACUAAGAGUGCAACCAUUGCUUUUUUCUCUUCUCCUCCUUUCUUCUCCCCACUUUUUCUUUUUCUGCUUUCCUUUUCCUUCAUUGGUGUGAUUUUGGAGCGUAUCGCGCUUAAAAAACCUGCUUUUUGACGGCUUUUCACUCAAAUGAGUGUAGAUUUCGUUAGGCUGGUUUUCAAAAGAUCGGCUAGAUAUGUAUUCUGCCUUAAGUUUUAUCCGUUAUUGUAAUUUCAUGAGCAGCUUCAAAUGCAUUGGCUCCUCAGUUGGUUAGAGUGCCCCCCCCCCACGUAUCUCGAGCUCGAGGUAUCGUAGAGGUAAGAGUUCGAAUCCCGGCAAUCCUGAAUUUUUUUAAGCUUUCUUUUCGCAACUGCAUAAGUCGCGUGUUUUACUGCGAUGAUCCUAACAUUUCAUUUAUUUCAUCAUUACGAGGUUCUAAAAUAUGAGAUUCAUACUUUCAUCAUCCUAUGUUGUUUCUCCACCUCCCUUUUGUUGCUUUUUUGUUGUAGAACUGGAGAGGCGGCUUUGGGUUAUGGAGAGGUUGCAGAGGAAUGUCUGAGGCGCUACUGGCCAAAAAGAGCUUAUGUUGGAAGGUACGGUAACAGCUUUACCAUUUAUUCCCCUCCCCCUUCCCCCCUACCCCCCCUCCCCCCCCCAAAAGGCUCAAAUUCCAUCGAAUAGAUUACGUAACAGUUAGUAGCAACAGCCACAGUACGGUCAGGUUGUAAGGAAGCUGAGCUUUUCCUCUGACCACUGAAUAAAUUUGCUCCAAUGGGUAUUUUCGUUUCAUCCUUGGAGAUCAAGAGAAAGUCUAAUCGGUCGGGAAAAAUGGCGCGAAGUAAAGUUCUUUAAUUUUCCUUGCGCCAUUUUUUCCCGCCCGAUCUGUUUAUUUAUUUUCUCAUUCUUUUAAACAGGCUGUUGUCGUAGAGAUUGUUUAAAGACUGAGCACUAAAUUCCAAAAGCUUUUCUCACUGUGAAAGGGCCGAAUUCACCCAAGGCCUCGAAGGUUUAUUUCACCCGCCCGUAUUGGGCGUAAUAUAAAAUGACGGCUAUUUUCUAUCACCUACCCCUUGAUUCAUUACCUUUUGUUGAACUAUUGUAAAUAGAAUGAUAAGACGAUUUUAACAUUUUUCAGACUCAUCGUGAACAUUUUUCUGUGUAUAUCACAACUGGGAAUUGCCUGUGUAUAUUUUGUAUUUAUCGGCGAUAACCUAAGACAGGUGAGAGUGCCAUGCGAGGUUUUAUUUGCCUUUGAAAUUUUUUAACAGUAUGCAACCGUAACUGCAACGACUGUCAUUCUCGUCUCCGUCAUUUUUCGUCUUAUUUCUAUCAUAUCGCCAUCAUUAUCAGCAGCAGCGAUUUAGCGAGUAAGAGUGGCGCAGUGUUGUGCCAUGCCUGGCUCCUGCUGGGUUCAAGUCCCGGUGUCGACGCCAUAUGUGGGUUGAGUUUGUUGUUGGUUCUCUUCCUUCUCUCUAGCUACUCCGGUUUUUUCCUCUCCUAAAAACCAACACCUUCAAAUUGAAAUUUGAUCUGGAACGCACGGACACGUUUAAAAGAGUUCUUAAGAACUCCUAAGUGCUUCAUGGGUGAAAAAAAAAAAAUUACAAUUACAGAAACAGUACCAGCACUAAAGGCAUAAUGAUAAUAAUAAUAAUAAUAUCUAUAUGAAUAUAUUCAAAUGCGCCUUACAAGUUACAUUAAAAUAAUAAUAAAAUAAUAAAUCUAAUAUAGUAAAACUAUCCAGUCCAUAUCUAAUAAAUAAACUAAAAAUUACACAGAGUCAAAAAUGUAAAAUUCUAAAAAAAAUAACAAGCAUACGCUUUCCUAAAAAGAUGAGUUUUCACUAAGGACUUAAAAACGUCCAUUGUCUUAGCAUUUCUAAUGUCAUUUGGGAGACCGUUCCACAGUCCCGGACCUUGAAAUGCUCUGUCUCCCAAUGUCUUUUUUUGUUUUUGUAGCAUUAUAAGGUUGUAGUAGUAGCUUGACGAUGAUCUUAAAUUAUAAUUUGUCGUUCCCCAGUUCUAUUAAAUCAAAUAUAUAGUGAAGCAUAGCCAUGUAUUGCCUUAUAGGUUAAAAUUAGCACUUUGUAUUCAACAAAAAGACACAGGCAGCCAAUGUAGAAAUCUAGGAAUGUAAUAGACUAGCCGAGCUGCACUAUUCAAAUUUAGCGAUAUGUACAGCCGGAAUCUUGAAUUAAGCUGUUACAAUAAUCAAUACGGCUGAUAACAGUGGCCCUGUGUAGAUUCACUUGUAAGAUAUUUUCGUAUGCGCCUGAUGUUGUAGAGGUGAAAUGAAGCAGCCUUACAUACUUGAUCAGACAACAUCGUCAUCAUCGUUAGUAUCAUACAUAUUUAUCGCCAUAUCGUUAUCACCGUCACCUUAUAUUACUUGAUUGUCCUUAUUAUCAUCAUCAUCCUCAUUUUCACAACCAUUCUUCAUGAAGACCAUCAUCGUCAUCGUUUAACCCUUUAGACCCUAACAUCAAAAUUCAAAUUCUCUUUUUACCCUAUGCUCAAUGUUUUGUUGAAGUAAAUUAGAUUCAUCUUGUGUGAUCAUGUCCAAAUUCUCAUGACUAAUUUUAUAAAGUUGAUCACCCUUUGACGUUGAUCACCCUUAGGGCUUAAAGGGUUAAUACCUCGUCAUCAGUGACGUCAUCACUAUUAACACAACCUUUCCGUGUUCUUGAAGUUAGUGGUUGCCAUCACCAACUCCAUCAGUGAUCACGCUCUACGAAGCCUUCCCUCCACCCCUCCCACCGUUCAUUUGAUAUAAACCUCCAAGUUCCUCUUCUUCUACGUUUCAGGUAUCCAACGCUCUGGACAUUAAAACUUGGAUUGCAAUAAUUCUUCUUCCAAUAAUCCUGUUGUCCUUCAUCCGGGACCUUCGUACCCUAGUGCCAUUCUCCAUCGUGGCAAACAUCCUCUGUCUUGUAGCUCUUGUUAUUAUACUUCAGUACAUCGUAAGAAACAUUCAUGACGUUGACAGGCUGCCUGCCUUUAGUGGGUGGAUGAACUUACCCGUCUUCUUUGCAAUGGCUGUAUAUGCCUUUGAGGGAAUUGCAGUGGUAUGUAUGAUGUAUUUGGCCUUUGAAUUUUUGCCUAGGUCUGAUGUAUCCUUGUUUUUGUUACCAUGUUUCUACCAAUAGAGUAACUCAAUGAUUCAAUGUAUCAACCUCACCGCGCAGCUCUUAAAUCCCUUGAUUCGGUUCUUUGAAUCUUUUCACGGUGGAAAACCCAUUUAUGUGGCUUUAUCGUGUCACAUGACCACCCAAGAAAACCAGUGGCGAAUCCAGGGGAGGGGCCCAGGGGCCCCGGGGCGCCCUUCCCCUAUUUUUAGACCAAACUGAGGCCCGAAGGGCCGAAGAAAAAUUUUUUGAAAAAAAACAAAAACCUUUACUGGCUCUUUGAGUGAAAGAGUUGAUUGGGUUCAUUGUAUGUCAUUGAUAGGUGUUGCCGAUUGAGAACAAGAUGGCAGAGCCUCAAAACUACGGCUGGGUCAUUAACCUUGGAAUGGGAAUCGUUUUCGUGUUGUUUUCCUCGAUAGGAAUUUUGGGAUACAUGUUUUGUCAGGAAAAAUGUCUGGGCAGUAUAACGCUGAAUCUGCCCAAUGAAGGGUAGGUAUACACUGCGUGACCAAGGACGAACGUCAACCAAAUUUGGUUUUGUCACUUUCUCCUCCGCAGAGGUUCCAGCUGGGCAUCUCAAUAAAAAUAGCAAGCGCGCGGGCGACGAUGAAAAGAGUGAAAAGGCGGGAGCUUCCUUUUUUUCCCCAUCCCAUCGUCCCCCGCGCGCUUUCAUUUCUCCCUCUCCCCAGCCUCCCUACGAUACAAAGAGGCCCGUUCUGCCGUGAAGAGAGGUUUAGUCAGAUAAGUCGACUAUAGGUAAAUCUGACGUUUCGAGUAAUAAGCCCUCCACAGCGAACAUGAAGAAUCUGCUUUUGAUGGCCAAUAACCCUCAUCUUAACAAGAUAAAACUAACUAUUUGCAUUAAACCCACCCAGCUUUGCAGUCUCAGCACUUAUGUAGAAACGUUACAAAUAUAAACACUUCCCCUAUACCGUCGCAACAUUUCCGGAGGAAAUAGAUGGCACCCUGCCAAUGAGAUUGCAGGUUCUGUGGUGCUUUGCAAGAAAAUUGGGAACUUGGAGUUAGAUCGUCACCGAAAACUUUCUCUACAGUUCUUCCCUCAAUUCGCUAAAACCUUCACUCACUAUUAUCCUACCUCUCCCCCAACCCCCACCCCAAGCGCUCCUCAUUGUUUUAAGAAGAGAUCCUUGCAAACAAAAGAAAAUCAUUUUGACGAGACUUAAAAAGGAGGGGGAGAUGUUUAGUUGGGUCUCCUAUAUCAGUUAUUUUCUUAGUGUUUUUCCUCAAACAACGCCCUUUCAACAAGAACAAGUUGAUUUACCGUUUACUCCGUUAAACUCUUUGGUUUUCUCUCUUUAAGAAUUUAUUUAGGAGUAAAACUGCUGUUUGCCAGCUGCAUUUUCCUGACGUAUUUUCUUCAGUUUUAUGUUCCCAUGGUGAUAAUCCAACCUGUGAUUCUUAAACACGUACCUGAGGAAUAUCAGGACGUGGCCGACUACGCCAUCAGGGCGGCAACAGUGACUUUUACUUGUGAGUAUCAGCCUAUUAUAGUAUUCAAAGGGGUUCUGUUACGAUGAUAUUGCUGUUUUAGGUCAAUUCUGUGCUUAAGUCAUUACUAAGCGAUUUUACCCUAGACUUUCUGAAAGUCCUUCAUUUUCUUCCUGGUUUGUUGUUAUCCCAUUUUAAAGGCCUUUUCAUACCUAUUUGGCGCGAAAUCACCGGUCGAAAAUUCUACCAGAAUUGACCAAUAGGACAGUGAGUGAUAUUUCACGCUGCUCCCGACACAGCACAUGUCAAUCAUUCUUUUUCCGCGUGAAUUUAUAAUAUGAUUCAAAUCCAUUCAGGCGAAACAAGUCGACCUCGAGACUUCGCGGCUCGCUCGGUCGCUGCCCGAUGCAUUGAAGCUCGCUUUGCUCCCCCCGGGGGGGGAGGGUACUUUAGGAAUUUCUAGGUGGGGAUGUGCCGCUGGGACCCUGGAACCUUUAACCUAUACCAGAGCUAGUUCAGCUGAAUUUUGCUACUCUAUACUAGAGCAAACUCACCAAAUCCCCCCUAUCCUAGAGUAGCUGUUUUCCAGAAACUACCGAGGUCACUAAAAAUCUUCAACCAACUGAUCAGUUUCCUGAAAAAUGAUACCCUAUUCUAGACCUAAACGCUCUGAUCUAUAUACCCUAUCCUAGAGUAAACUGCUUGAAAACCAUACCCUGUACAGCGGCGCAUACCCAUAUAGCCCAUAUAUGGCAGUACCCCCCGGGCUUUGCUCACUGUUAAGAACUCAUGAGAGGUCAACUUGUCGCAAAUCUACCUUUACUCAUGCACAAAAUGCUUCUGUAAAGUUAUGAAUACGAUUUCACAAAAUUUGUAUCAAGAAGCAUUAAUUAUAAUAAUUUUUUGCUGAUUUUGUCAUCAAUAUUUUUGCUAUCGGUGCAGUCAACUGUCUAUUUUCCUAUCAACGUAAGUGGGCGUAAGGUUCUUACGUCCACUCUAUGUACCUCUGUUCCAACUACAGCUCUGGGAGUAAAUGUAUUGAGCCCUAAAUAAAGUAAUUUUUAUCUAUUUUCAACCUCGUCCCCAGGGCGCUCUGGGGACUAGGUUGAUCUAAUUUAAUUGAUACUGUUUUUAAAGUAUGAAUAAACCACAAAAUCAGAACGUUUUCUAUACUUUUUCGCAACCAUAACAUGCAUCUGUUAUCCAUUUUGGGCCUUUUUACAGACUGUAAUGACACUGAGAUUUUUCUACCCUUUCAUAUACUUCAAAGGUAAAAUCCGUACCCUUUCAUAUACCUGAAGCCUGAAAAAGGUACCCCUUUCGGCCGGAGCCUCUCGUAUAGGACAUUAUAAGGAGUACUUCCCUAUAAUACUCUCUAGCUCUUAAGAAGACCUUAUAGUAUGUCCUCUCAAACGAAUAUUAUUAACAUAGUCCCAUUCUGAGUUUGCAAUCGCACCUGUGAACAUAUACAACGACCGGUUCUGUCUCAUCAAAACCGUUUUGUUUUAAUUUCAGGUAUUCUGGCAAUAGGCAUACCCCAACUAGAUAAUUUUAUUUCAUUGGUCGGCUCUAUCAGUUGCUCAGCACUCGCCAUUAUUUUCCCGGUGGCAAUUCACAUCAUCACCUUGACAACAGAGGGAGAUGGCCGCGUUCCUACUUUCACUUUUUUCAAAGACGCUGCUAUCAUGCUCAUUGGUCUUCUAAUGUUUCUGUUUGGUACCUACACGUCAGUGGCGCGCAUUGUUGUACGAUACAAGACUGGACACAACUAGAAUUUGUAGAUUAUGACAGUUGACUAAGAUGUAUCUUAACAAACAAGGAAGACUAAUGGUGGAUUAUGUCCGCUCGAUACGGUCAAACCAUAGUACCUUUCCACGUUUUUUUUCAACUUUUGACAUGGACAAGUUAGGGAAAGUCCGUCGACGUCAUUGGGAAGCAUUUCCGGUCGUCGCUUCUCUCCCUAUUUUCGGAGGGAGAGAAGCGACGACCGGAAAUGCGUCUGCUGUUCGCAGGCUACUGGAAAGUUUGCCUUAAUAUCAGUAAACUUGCCAAAUUUGAAAGUGAAUGCUUAAAAGAGCGAAGAUAUAG